CUCUUUAUAAGUUUCACUCUCCAUCCUUUUGUCUCAUCUGAACAGUAAAGGACAUUUAUUCCACAUCCUGACAAGAUGUUGGCGACCCUCUGCACUCUCAUCACUGCUCUAACAUGUGUGAGUGGUGUGACGGUGGUGACACAGAAACCUCCUGCUGUGACGGUGGAGAAAGGAGAGACAGUCACCAUGGACUGUAACUUAGGCAGUGUUAUUGGCGAUAGUUCUCGCUGGUAUAAACAGAGUCCAGGAGGAGUUCCUCAGUAUAUACUCAGAUUUUAUCACAGCUGGGACUCCCCAAGAUAUGGCUCUGGGUUUUCAUCACCAAAAUUCACAUCUAAUCAUCAAUCUCAAUCAGAUUAUCGAUUGAUCAUCAACAAUGUGCAGGAGGGGGACUCUGCAGUUUAUUACUGUCACACAUGGGAUAGCUCUGCGUCUCAGUUCGUAUUCGGACCAGGCACCAAGCUGACUGUGACAAGCUCCAGCGUCCCUCCUCCUGUCCUGACAGUCUUCCCUCCGUCCGCUGCUGAGCUCCAGUCCAACAAAGCCACUCUGGUCUGUCUGUCCAGUCAGUCUGGGCCUUUUGCACAUGUGACCUGGUUGUCUGCUGGGAGUCCGCUGAGCACUGGGAUCUCUACCAGCACCGCUGUUCAGCAACCAGACCAGACUUUCCAAAUCAGCAGCUACCUGUCCAUCCAGACGUCAGACUGGAACACAGAUCAGGUUUACACAUGUAAAGUGUCUGUGGGCUCCCACACUUCAGAGAAACACAUCAACAAGUCAGCGUGUCCCACUGAGCAACAGUAGAGGACCAGAAGCACCAUCUGAAACCUGCUUGUGCACUGUUUGAGCUGUGUGGUCUGAACAAGGUUUAGAUGAUACACAACAUGUGUCUGCAUGCUUACAAUCAAUGUUGGAACAGAUGGAGAGAUUUACAUUCUUUGUAUUAAAUGAUGCAUUCAAUAAAACUGCUUUGAUUCAG